AACCCAGACAUCUGCUUAUACUGAUUAGGAUAUUAUUGGAUAAGGUCUGCGCUGAGGUGAAUCUUGAUGAGCUCAAAGAGAUGAGAGUAAUGAUAUGAUAUAUCUACCAUGGUCAUUAUACAAUUCAUUCUCCCACAACAACUGCACCACGGGCGACCAGUGUGGCAGCCCACUGCUUCAGCCUGUAUAUGUAUGUAAUAAUAAGAAUUUGGGGGGUGCUUAUAUUUGUACUUUUACACAAGUGUGUAAUGGAAAUGUGUUUCUUCAUAUCCCAACUCCCCCUGAGACACUCGUGGGGAGUGGGGUCACGGCCGGGGUCACCAUUGAACAGCGCUCCUGGUGCAAUUAGGGUUAAGUGCCUUGGUCAAGGGCACAGUGACAGAUGUUUUGCCUUGUCGGCUCCAGUAUUCAGAACAGUAACUGAAAGAUCACUGGUUCGAAUCCUGGAGCCGACAAGGUGAAACAUCUGUCUCGUUUGUCUUUUGGAGGAGGUGUUGGGAUAAAACAGAAGUCCAAUUUCAGUCUUAAUUCACAUCACAGGAUCUGAUCUAGUUAGUCCACUAUAAGCAGAGGAUCUGAAACUCACUAUUACUGGUCAUCAUGUGAGGAUGAUGUUGUUCAUCAUUCAUGUGAUUCAUCCGUUCUUGUGUUUGAAUGUUUAAGCAGGUUAUGUGUGUAAGUGUGACCUUUCAUCAUGGGAAAAAAAGAAACAGAGGAUGUGAAUAUUCUUCUCCCAGGCACUGAGCCGUCUGCCAUUGAAACCUUGUUUUAAACCUGAUUGAACCAGCGAUUCGUACAGGAUUUCAGAAGCAACAUGACUCGGUUGAAAUGUGAAAGUUCAAGACAAAAAUGUCUUCAAUGUCAGAAGCAGACUCCCACUGUAAACCAGGAGACACCAUCUGUAAUAUCCGUGUGUACGAGCAAGAAGUGAUCAUCGUGCCCAUCCUCCUAUUGGCUAGCUUCCUGGUCAUGCUGGUCUUCAUCAUCCUGCUACGGUACUGUCCUGAGAAGGUGGACCGCAUCCGACCACAGAACACUGUGGCCACGUCCAGAUCACAGCGCUCCAGAAGACAACUGCACGGCAUUGAUGCUCCCCUGGGUAUCAACCCGCUGGAACAUGAGACUAUUGCUCUCGAUACCCCCUCCUACUCUACCUUCUCCUCAACUCACUCCCACCCCUCCUCCAACCGUCUCUCCUUCUCCAUGAGGACUCCCUCUCUCCCCCCUAUCCCCCCACCCAAGACCUUCAUCCCAUCCUCCCUGUCCAGCCCCCUGCCCCAGGCGUUGACACCUUCCUUCACCCCUAUGGUCCAGCCCAGGGAGCUGCCUCGCCAGAGGCUGCCAGAGUCCUUCAACCUAGUGGCCUCGCUGCCCGCAGCCUUCUCCCUGCGCUCUGACAAGGCUGUCUCCCUCUACAGGGCCCGCAUGGACAACAGGAACGCUGUGCUCCGAGUGCUCAACGACUCUGCGAGUGCCACAGAGAGGCACAACUUCCUGGGCUUUGCUUCCUUCUUGUCUCAGUUGGGGCCACACCCCUUCCUACCGGAGCUCCUGGGCGUGGUCUCUCUGCGUGUGCCCCUAGUUACCGUUGUUGAGGAGCUAGAGAACAGAGAUCUGCUCAGCUUCCUGUGGCGGUGCAGACAGGAUGGUGUGGGCGGGGACCCUCCAUGUGAGAUCACAGAGAGACGUAUAUUUACCAUGGCCAAACAGGUAGCCUCUGCUCUGGAGUUCCUCCACAGCCGAGACCUUCUUCAUGGCAACGUCCGUGCUCACAGCGUAUUGGUCAGCCGGGAGCUGACGGCCAAGCUGUGGGGACUGGGCGGGGUCUACACCAGGAAUACCCAGGGAGCUACUCAGACUGAAGUUCCCGGCUUGAAGAAAUGGCAGGCCCCUGAGCUAUUGGCUAGGAGGCCUGCCAAUCAUAGCAGUGACGUCUGGUCGUUUGGCAUCUUGUUGUUUGAAAUGGCGACCUUGGGUGAUGCUCCGUUUUCAGAUAUCUCCGUCAACGAGCUUCUACAGUUUCACCAGAGAGGGAAAACACUGAGAAAGCCAGCCAACUGCUCCAACUCACUGUACUCCAUCAUCAAGGCCUGCUGCCAAUGGAAGGAGCAGGAUCGCGCCACAUUGACCGAGGUCGACCGCAAGCUCCAAUCAGGAGAGAAGAGUGCCAACGACAAAGUCCUCAAGGUGCCUGAGCCAAUCAACAUCGAGCAGUACCUGCAAGAGGCUGGAUAUGGGGAGUCCAACAGCUACACUGUUUUCUGAGUGGCGGAUGUGCCGGCCAACGACAACGGUGGAUGUUUAUAUAUGUAUGCCUCCAUUCAUUACAGAAAGAUAUUCACUUCCUUCUGCCCUUUUUCAGUCCCCUUCAUGGGGUACUGAAUGUCUUUGUACCAUAGACUUAAGAUAGGUAUACUUGAACAGAUACAUUCGUUGAGUCAACCUCAGUUUGUAGUUGAUUGUGUAUACCAGUAGAGGCUGCUGAGGGGAGGACGGCUCAUAAUAAUGGCCAGAAUGGAGGUAAUGGAAUGGUAUCAAUUUUAUGUGUUGGAUACCAUUCCAUUCACUCAAUUCCAGCUGUUUCACUCCGUUCCAGUCAUUAUUAUGAGACGUCCUCCCCUCAGCAGGCUCCACUGAUGUACACUACCGUUCAAAAGUU